UAUGGAAAUGCAAGAUCUAGCAAGUCCUCAUAAUCUUGUUGGAAGCAGUGAUGCACCAGGUAGUUCUAAACUGGAUAAACCUAAUCUCAGUAGCACAUCAGUUACAACAAAUGGAACAGGAGGAGACAACAUGACUGUUUUAAAUACUGCAGACUGGUUGCUGAGUUGCAGUACUCCCUCCUCUGCAACAAUCAAAACAGAGCCCAUGAACAGCAAUGAAACAACAACAACAACUGGAGAUGGAUCGCUUGACACUUUUACUGGGUCAGGUAAAGCCAUAAUAAGAUCACAUAUUGCUAGAUACCCAUUAAUAUAGCAUUUAAUAACCUUUGCUAAUGAGCAUUGCACUGCAUGGAAGUGAUCUUUUAGAAGCCACAAUAUAGUAACAUUUUAAUACCAAAUAAUAAUUGUAACUUUUCUUUAUUUCUAUUAAAAAAUGCACUUUU